AUGUCUCUAAACCGGGUUUACACGGACACGGAGCAGUCUGCAGAGGAUUCUGGAGAAUGUUCGGCCACAGUCGCGUCGGACAACGGGCACGGGGCAGGUCGUACGCACGAGGUGACCGUGCGCAACUCCGGCUGCUGCGUGUGCCUGCCGCGCAUCAUGCGCCUCACCUUUGCGCCCGAGUCUCUCGAGCGGCUCUACCAGGUCUACUUCCGACGGCAGCGACAGGAGACUCUUCUGGUGCUGGUGGUGUUUGCAGCGCUUUUCAACUGCUAUGUCAUCGUCAUGUGCGCAGUGGUGUACACGACGGACAAACGUACAAUGGUCGUGGUCGCGGCAGUUGGCCUUGCUGCGGAUAUUGUACUCUACACGCUGUGCCGGCUGCGCAAGCUCCCCGCGGCGCCUGUUGUGAGCGGUGCGAUACCAUACAUACUCUGGCUGAUGAUAGCCGUGCACGUGCUGUGCUACCUGGGGCUGAACUACCAGCUUUCCCCCCACGCCAGUGACACAGCGGGCUGGCAGGCCUUCUUCAGCUUCUCUUGCUUCCUGACGCUGCCCCUGACCCUGGUCCCUCUCCUGCUGCUCACAGCUCUGUCCUGUGGGAUCCACACCCUGGUGCUGGGGAUCACCAUCGCCCAAAGGCACCAGGACAGCCUGCAUGGAACCAUACUGCUCAGACAGCUCCUGGCUAACUGGGUGUUGUACCUGUGUGUGGUCACCGUGGGCGUGAUAUCAUACUACAUGGCCGACAGGAAGUACCGAACGGCCUUCCUGGAGGCGCGCCAGUCCCUGGAGGUCAAACUCACCCUGGAGGAGCAGAGCACCCAGCAGGAGGAGUUGUUGCUGUCCAUCUUGCCCAAACACAUAGCAGAAGAGAUGCUGGAGGGCAUGAAGAAACAGGCUAACCAGAACGAAGUACAGCAGCAGCAGUUCAACACCAUGUACAUGUACCGCCAUGAGAACGUCAGUAUCCUAUUUGCUGAUAUAGUGGGUUUUACCCAGCUCUCCUCAUUGUGUAGUGCACAGGAGCUGGUCAAGUUGCUCAACGAACUGUUCGCCCGCUUUGACAAGCUAGCUGCUCAACACCAUCAGCUGCGUAUCAAGAUCCUGGGAGACUGUUACUACUGUAUCUGUGGCCUGCCUGAUUACCGUGACGACCACGCAGCCUGCUCCAUCAUGAUGGGCCUGGCCAUGGUGGAGGCCAUCUCGUAUGUGCGUGAGAAGACUAAGACAGAGGUUGACAUGCGUGUGGGGGUGCACACAGGCACUGUGCUGGGAGGGGUGCUGGGACAGAGGAGGUGGCAGUUUGAUGUCUGGUCCACUGAUGUCACUGUGGCCAACAAGAUGGAGUCAGGAGGGAUACCUGGGCGUGUCCACAUCUCCCAGAGCACCAUGGAGUGUCUGCACGGAGAGUUUGACCUGGAGCCGGGGAACGGAGGGGAGAGGUGUGAGUACCUGCUGGAGAAAGGCAUAGAUACCUACCUGGUGCUGUUCUCCAAGGAAACCACCCAGGUCAAUGGACUCAACGGGGUGAAUGGAAACUCUCCCCAGUUGAUUAACACCACAGAGACCAAUGGGAGCAUCGGUUCGGUCCGGGCCACACCCACAGAGCGCAAACAGGAAGCAAAAACACAAGUGACGAGCCCUCAGCAUCAGAUAAAAAAGAAAGUGGAUGCCAGGGAGAGUGAACAGGAGCUGAACAGACUACUGCACCUGGAACUGCUAGAGAGAGAGGACGAAGAGACUGCGAGGGAGCGUCGGACCAACCCUGUGUCCCUGCAGUUUGUGGAUGGGGAGUUGGAGGGUCGUUACUCUGCAGAGAAGGAAAGACAGAGUGGUGUAGCUUUCUGCUGCAGCUGCCUGGUCCUCUUUUUCACUGCAGGCAUGGAGGUCCUCAUAGACCCAAUGCUGGUAGUGAACUAUGUGACCCUGGCGAUUGGAGAGGUGUUGUUGCUCAUUCUCACUAUCUGCUCCAUGGCUGCCGUCUUCCCUCGUAUGUUCUCGAAGAGGCUUGUGUCGUUCUCGAUGUGGAUCGAUCGAACCCGUUGGGCACGGAACACCUGGGCCAUGGCAGCUAUCUUUGUUUUAACCAUGGCCGAGAUUGCCGAUAUGCUGAGCUGUGUCCAGCCUCCAUUCCUGCUCCUCAACACCAGUGCUGGCCUCAACCCAGAGUCGCUAGGCGACGGGGGUUGCGCAGAAAACCCCAAACACUACAGCUACAUGGCGGUGCUUUCGCUUGUGGCGACCACCAUGCUGGUGCAGGUGAGCCACCUGGUCAAGCUGGGGCUCAUGCUGCUGGUCAUCGUGGUAACGGGCGCCGUCAACAUCUACAGCUGGAGGGACAUCUACGACCUGUAUGACUUCAUACGAUUCACCAGCUACAGGUGAGGAACUAUAAUCCCUCAAGUGUGGAAAGCUGUGGAUACUCAAUAUGUUCUCUCUCCCUCUCUCGUCUUCAGGAUGUCUAUAGUCCCUUCCAAGUACCUGAUGACAGUGAUGAUCAUUAUCAUGAUGAUCUGCUUCUACUACUUUGCCAGACAUGUGGAGAGGCAGUCACGGAAGCUUUUCCUGUGGAAGAUUGAGGUGCAUGACCAGAAGGAGAAGGUGUUUGAGAUGAGGCGCUGGAAUGAAGCGCUGGUCACCAACAUGUUGCCUGAACAUGUCGCCAAACACUUCCUGGGUUCUAAGAAGAGAGACGAGGAGCUGUACAGCCAGUCAUAUGAUGAGAUAGGAGUGAUGUUUGCCUCCAUCCCCAACUUCUCAGACUUCUACACAGAGGAGGGCAUCAACAACGGGGGCAUAGAGUGUCUGAGGAUCCUCAAUGAGAUCAUCUCUGACUUCGACAGUCUGUUGGACAGGAAUGAGUUCCGCUUCAUCACUAAGAUUAAGACCAUAGGAAGCACCUACAUGGCUGCGUCUGGAGUCACACCCGAGAGCAACACCAACGGAUACUGCAACCGCCCGAUAGAGGAACAGUCAUUAUUAGAACGUUGGCAGCACUUAGCUGACCUGGCAGACUUUGCUCUGGCCAUGAAGGUCACUCUCAACAAACUCAACGAUCAGUCCUUCAACAACUUCAUGCUACGCAUCGGUCUGAAUAAGGGCUCGGUGUUGGCUGGAGUGAUCGGUGCUCGUAAACCUCAUUAUGACAUCUGGGGCAACACAGUCAACGUAGCCAGCAGAAUGGAGUCUACUGGGGUGAUGGGCAACAUCCAGGUGGUGGAGGACUGCUAUGACAUCCUAAAGGAGUACGGAUUCCGCUUCGUCAGGAGAGGCCCCAUCUUUGUCAAGGGGAAGGGGGAGCUACUAACCUUCUUCAUGAAAGGGAAAGACAAAACUAGUAGCAAUGGCACUGGUCCCACCACUACUACUACCCUUCCUCACCAAGUAGUGGACCAUUCCUGAUCCUGACCCACACCUGCUGAA